AUAAAGUCAAUGCUACAUGUGACUUUUUUCUGAAGUGUUAAAUCAAUUAACUUAAUUAAUACAAAUUUAACUUAUAAUGUAUCUUAAUAUUUAUACAACUUGUAAUGUGAUAUUUUAACCAUGAUUGAAAAACCUUCUUUGAAAAAUUUAACCUCCACUACGUAUGGAAAACCCUCACCAAAUCAAAAUGAGUUCCUACAAUCCCUUGGUGAGCCCCAUGUAUCAUCAUUCAACUACAUGCUGGCCCAGGGGCUUCAACAGGCCAUUGACAACUUGACUCCAGCACAGUUUAAAAUUGGGGAGAAGCAAGUAAAAAUCUUAAUCAAGACAGCGUACAUUCUCCCUCCUGCAGUCCCAGCUGGAACGGCCGGGGUGAGGUCUCAUUUGAUCUACCCGACGGAAUGUAGGCAGCGAGGCAGUAGCUACACAGGAUCACUACAUGUGCUGGUGGAUUGGUUUAUAGACGGGAGGCCACAGCCCACCCAGGACUAUGCAGUGGGUCAAGUGCCUAUUAUGGUCAAGUCGAAAAGCUGUUACCUUGCGGACAUGAAGCCCUCUGAACUAAUCAAUAGAAAAGAACACGUGGAUGAGUGGGGAGGCUAUUUCGUGAUCAAAGGACACGAGAGACUGAUCCGAAUGCUUCUCAUAACCAGACGCAACUAUCCAAUCGCUGUUAAACGCUCCUCGUGGAAGGCUAGGGGAGCUUUGUUCUCUGACAUUGGAAUACUGAUGCGAUGUGUGCGAGAGGAUCACACGUCCGUUAACAAUGUUCUUCAUUUUGUGACCGACGGCUCGGCUAGGCUGAUGAUCAGCCAUCGCAAGACACUGUACUACACUCCUAUCAUGCUCAUCCUACGUUGUCUUUCCUCAGCUUCCGACGAGACCAUCUAUAGAACCAUCAUGGCUGGCUAUGAGGACGACUUGUACUUUAAAGGGUCCGUGUUGAGUAUGCUGCGAUCACUACACGAGCAGAACAUUCACUCACAAGACGAAGCUAAGCAGUAUUUGGGGAAAAUAUUUCGUAUAAGGUUUAUGGAGCUUCCAACAUGGUCUACAGAUGAAGAGAUAUGUGACUUUAUAUUGUUGCAUUGUGUGUGCAUUCACGUAGACGAUUACAAAGACAAGUUCCACUGUUUAGUGCUGAUGCUACAGAAGCUAUUUUCUGUAGUACAAGACAAAAGCUGCAUAGAGGGUGCUGACGCUGUCAUGAUGCAGGAGUUGUUGUUAGGCGGCCAUCUGUACCUACAGGUCCUAAAAGAUCGACUACAAGGUUGGCUUUUUACCAUAAGGAGUAUGAUCUUGAAGAGGAUGAAUGCUUCGUUUGAGCUUACAAAAGACGAAUUAAACCUUGCGGUCAAGAAAUCCGGUCUGGUUGACCACAGUUUGAGCAACUUCCUGGCGACUGGGAAUGUGAAGAGCAGCUCGGGACUUGGUCUGAUGCAAGACAAAGGUCUGACGAUUGUAGCGGAGAACAUCAAUAGAAUGAGGUACAUGUCACACUUCCGAGCCGUCCACCGAGGGUCGUUUUUCCAGGAGAUGCGGACGACGGAAGCAAGACAGCUGUUGCCGGACGCUUGGGGCUUCAUUUGUCCUGUGCACACCCCUGAUGGCGCUCCGUGUGGCUUGCUCAACCAUCUCACCAAGCACUGCCAGGUGACCAAACCUGUAGACCCAGAUAUGUACCAGAGACUACCUGAGGUGUUGGCCUCUCUAGGUCUCCAACCUCUAGACCAUGACCUGGGAGUGACUCCCUCAGCAUGCUAUGUUACAAGUCUGGACGGGCGAGUGGUGGGGAGGGUGCCCCAAGCUUCUACAGCGAGGUUCGUCGAAAAACUGCGCACUCUUAAAAUUCAGGGAGAGAAGGUACCAGACACCAUGGAGAUAGUGUUUGUGAAGCAGGGAGGUAGCCAGUUCCCAGGUAUCUUCCUGUUCACAGGCCCAGCGAGGAUGGUACGACCCGUCUACAAUCUGGCUGCUAGACAGGUGGAACUGGUCGGCACUUUUGAACAGGUCUACCUGGACAUCUGCAUAUCACAGAAGGAGGCUUAUCCUGGGAUCACCACUCACCAAGAGUUGUCCAAAGACAGUUUCUUGAGCAACUUGGCUUGUUUGAUUCCAAUGCCUGAUUGUAACCAGAGUCCUCGCAACAUGUACCAGUGUCAGAUGGGCAAGCAGACGAUGGGCACUGCUUGUCACACGUGGGGUGUACAGAGUGAGACCAAGCUGUACAGACUACAGACUCCUGCGACCCCACUAUUCAGACCUGUACACUACGAUGUGGCAGGGCUGGACGACUUUGCAAUGGGAACCAACGCAAUAGUGGCCGUCAUAUCAUACACAGGCUACGACAUGGAAGAUGCGAUGAUCAUCAACAAAGCGUCUCUUGAAAGAGGGUUUGCUCACGGAUCGAUUCUUAAAUCUGAAUUUGUUGACCUUGAAUCAGCAACGUCAUACUUUGGCCUGGAUCCAGGCAAACCGGAACUGGCCAAACACUUAAACAACGAUGGUUUACCUGCUCCUGGUACAAUUGUGAACAACAGGGAACCGUACUACUGCUACUUCAAUUCGCUGGAUGCCUCGUACAAGGUCGGCACUUACUCGGGCAAGGAUCCUAUAGUGGUGGACAACGUGAGACUGUGCAGCUCUCUACCGGGCUCUAGCGAUCCUCCUAUUAGGGCCUGCAUCACGUUCAGAGUCCCAAGGAACCCGUCAGUGGGUGACAAGUUUGCCAGUAGAGCAGGACAGAAGGGAAUCUGCAGUCACAAGUGGCCUGCUGAAGACCUUCCCUUUACAGAGAGUGGUUUGGUGCCAGACAUCGUCUUCAACCCCCACGGCUUCCCUUCCCGGAUGACAAUAGCUAUGAUGAUCGAGUGUAUGGCCGGUAAGUCAGCGGCAGUUCAUGGUCUGGUCCACGACGCUUCUCCGUUCCAAUUCACUGAGGAGGAUACAGCUAUUGACUACUUUGGCCGACUGCUACAGGCUGGUGGCUACAACUACUACGGCACGGAGCGCAUGUACAGCGGCGUCGACGGUCGAGAGAUGACUGCCUCGAUAUUCUUUGGAGUCGUCCAUUACCAACGCCUCAGACACAUGGUUUCUGACAAGUGGCAGGUGAGAAGUAAGGGCCCUGUGGACGUAUUGACCAGACAGCCUAUCAAGGGUCGACGUCGUGGAGGUGGUGUAAGAUUUGGAGAGAUGGAACGAGACGCUCUCAUAUCACACGGAGCAUCCUUCCUGCUACAGGACAGACUCUUUAACUGCUCGGACAAGUUCAGUACACUGAUAUGCCGCAAGUGUGGGUUGUUGCUGAGCCCAGUGGUGGGACCCAACGACGGCGGCUCCAAAAGAUGUCUCAUCUGUGACAAGCAAGGCCGCGUAGAGACCGUCAACCUGCCUUACAUCUUCCGCUACCUCAUCGCACAACUCGCCUCCGUUAACAUCAAGGUUCAAAUGCAACUAGAAACCAGCUGAGUCCACCCUGUACAGUGUUAUUAAAGGUUUUUAAUUUCUA